AUGGCCCAUAUUCCAAACCGAAAAGUGUUCUAUAUACGGUUUAUAAAACGCGAAGGAGUGGAGGUCGUUUCCGAUGAGGAUGGAUCGUUGGAAUGCAAGGUAAUAGCACAAUAAACCCGUAAUAAUCAAAAUGAAUCACGAGUUUUAUUUGCACUUUGGAUUUGGAUUAUGAACUCAAGACCUUUCUUCUAGGAAUUCUGGUAAGGACAUUUUAGGUAGUUGAGGUUUUAGUAACAGGAAAAUAAUCUUCGCGGAAGCGUUUUGUUUACUCACCGGUUUACUCGUGGUGUAUAGAAAUAUCCGUGGGGAGUGACUUUUUGCAAAGCCACUGUUUGUAUUAAAGUUUAGAAAACGUUUUAAUUGCAAAAUUAAACCAAAUCUGCAUCCAGCUGUUGCUUCCAGCACAUUAGAUUAUUGGUACUAUUUGAUACUAUGAAGUCCCAGGAGGAUUGAAAUUUCCAGGAUAGAAUUAGAAAACUUUUGUUCCCUGAUUCAUAACAAUCUAUAGUUUUCUACAUUCCACUACAAGGUUACAAACCAGCAUUCUUAAACUCAUUAAUAAUUCGUAAGGUCGCAGGGGCGGAUCCAGGAUUUUCCUUAGGAGGGGAUACACCAAUAAGAAAUGGCGUAACUGACUGGUGAUGUAAAGAAAUUUUAAAAGCGAAUGUGAAGAGGCUUCAUCUCAGGGGGUUGGGCGAGAGGGUGUUCACCCCCUGCACCCUUCCCCUAGAUCUGCCCCUGGGUCAGCAGUCAAUAAGAUUUAUUUAGGUGAGGUGGACGGAUCUUGAUGCCCAAUACCAAUAGUUAAUACUAAUUAUUUUUCAAAAGUGAGCACUUGGCCCUCAGCCUUGUGCUUUCAUCAGUUUCUCUGUGUUUUUCUGGAACCCCUGAUUAAAUACUCACCCCCCAUUGUCGAUAAUUAUAGAACUUAAGGUGGCUCGAUAUAGUUUUUCAAAGUCAAUACCUCCCAAGUUUGAGCGUAAACUACGUCGCCAUAAACAAAGAUUUGGAAAAAUUGACACCACAGUUGUAUUAGAUAAAGACGAAACUUUGUUAUGAUCAGGGUUGCAAUGACAUCGGAGUUGUCAUGGCAACGAAAUGACGCCAUUACCUACUUUACUUGCGGCAGUAUAUCUCGGCACUGGGAACUGUUCUUCCAAAAUCGUUUACUAGAGCUUUUUCCUACAAUAGUCGCCUCGAUGUUCGUGAAGUUUAAGCGAAAUCUGUAAGAGCGUUAUCAAGAUAUUUUGGGAACAAGUUUUUAUGGUUAGAAUACGGUAAAAAAUGGACAUUCUUGAUGUUCGACUGUUAUCUGUGCUAAACGUAGCGCUUUUGAUAUGCAAUUUCACCUCAUAGUACUUUUAAUCUUUUUAAAAACGUGUGUGAAAGAUCAUGGAGAUACCUCCAGCCGAUUGCUAGAAAAAAGGAUUUGAUUAGUAUGUAUCAAGGCGCUCUUUUUAGCAGUAAUGUAAACAUUUCGGUCUACUUUAACAAAUUAGCGAAUAAUUUUUAAAACGCUCGAUAAAUUUUUAGAAAAUUUAAGAAUCUUGAGAUUAAUCGUCCUUUUAUAUGACCUCUUAGUUUCAAGAGUAUUGAUAUAUUGUAAGGCAGUAAAAUGAGGGCUUCAAUUCGCUAAUAUUUUGUCAAGAGUUUUGUGUUUACAAGUGAUAGCCUCUCAUUAUUCACAGGUAUUGUCUCCCAAAUUCAUAUUUUCGUGCACAACAAUAGCUAGCAUUUUUGCAUAUGUCAAGUGCAUUGUUAGUUACUGCUGUUCACGUGAAAAUGAAACCUUGAGACAAUACCCCUGAAUAAUCAGACUCACUUGUAAAGACAAAAUUUCUGACAAAAAUAUUAGCGAAUUGAAGCGCUUAUUUUACUACCUUACAAUAUAUCAAUAAUCUUGAAACUAAGAGGUCAUAUAAAAGGACGGUUUAUCUCAAGACUCUUAAAUUUUUUAAAAAAUUUAUCGAGUGGUUUAAAAAUUAUUCGCUAAUUUGUUAAAGUAGACCGAAAUGUUUACAUAUUUCUAAUAAGAGCGCCCCGAUACAUACUAAUCAAAUCCUUCUUUCUAGCAAUCGGCUGGAGGUAUCUCCAUGAUCUUUCACACACGUUUUUAAAAAGAUUGAAACUACUAUGAGGUGAAAUUGCAUGUCAAAAGCGCUUCGUUUAGCACAGAUAACAGUCGAACAUCAAGAUUGUCCAUUUUCUACCGUAUUUCUAAACAAAAAAACUUCUUCCCAAAAUAUCUCGAUAACGCUCUUACAGAUUUCGCUUAAACUUCACGAACAUCAAGGCGGCAAAGAACAGUUCCCAGAGCCGAGAUAUACUGCUGCAAGUAAAAUAGGUAAUGGCGUCAUUUCGUUGCCACGACAACUACGAUGUCAUUGCAACCCUGAUCAUAACAAAGUUUCAUCUUUAUUUAAUACAACUGUGGUGUUAAUUUUUCCAAAUCUUUGUUUAUGGCGACAUAGUUUACGCUCAAACGUGGGAGGUAUCUACCCUAAGAAACUGUAUCGAGCCACCUUAAAAGUCUGGCAAAAUGUUAUACCAAUUUUUGUUUUAUCAAUGUUCAAGAUAGCAGUUUAACAUGGUUGCAAGUUCUUCCUUUUGUUCAAUAUUUUUUGUCUUGGUCCACAGGCAAAGAUAUGAAGUUCCACAGAAAAGGCCUGCCUCUCAUCCAAGCCCAGUGAAGCCUUCACCUGCAACGAGUAAAUUUUACUCAAAGAGCCUUUCUAUCAAGGACAUACUUAGGCUUGGAAGGGUAGUUGAUAACAAAGCCAAGAAAAUCCUGAUCUACAAAUUUGACUUUGCUCACAUGGAAUGGUCAUCAGUGCCACUCCAAGCUGAAUUUGUCAUAGAAGAGAAAGAGUUUGCAGCUGGAGGUUUCCGAAAGCCACAAGCAUUACAGAAGGCUUUAAUAAAGGAACAUGGGUUGUUAAGAGUUAUCUGCCGGAGUGCUGUUCAACUGAUUAAAGAUACAGGACAGACCACAGAAGAACAUACUAGAAAGUCAGUACAGAUGCAAUAUCUAGCAAGAAACUUUGCAUCGCAGCUGAAGGAAACAAUUGCAAAGGACAAGCUUGACGAAUAUGGAGAUUCGUUUGAAUACAAGUCUGUGUACAUGGGGAAAACAGAGGACGGGGAGCUGUUAACAGUUGAGGAGUUCAUCCCUAGAGACUUUGCAAAGUUCAUAAACAACAAUGGAAUUGUCUGUGAAGAAGAUACCAUGCUAUGUAAGAAGGCACAGGCGUUUUCUCAUUUUACGUAUGAGAAAUCAGAAGGCAAAGUUAUGGUUUUAGACAUCCAAGGGUCAGGAUAUACCUUGUACGAUCCUGAAAUAGCCUCAGCUGAGAUACACAAUGAGGAUGGGGGUUAUCAGUUCUGUACUGGCAACUUGGCUGGAAGAGCAAUUGAGUCAUUUUUUGAGGUUCAUCAGUGCAAUUCCUACUGCAAGCUUCUAAAGCUGAAACUUAGACCAAGUUAG